AUGGCCGCAAUCGAUGCCAGCUUUCACUGGCCUUUAAAAGCUCCAGCUGCCCUGACCCUGGUCGCUGUCCUCGCUGUCUUCUUUUGCUACCCAGAGUCUGGCUUGGAAAUGUUGGACCAUUCCAUGGACGGUGAAGGCGACACCUCCGGAACGUCUUUCCGGCCAGACUGCGGCAGCGAAGAAUCAGAUGAUGGUCAAGUUCGCGGCUCGACAGCUUACACAUCCCCGGAACUUCCUCCGCUUCCUGAUCGCCCCGAGGGUUCUUUGCGCGACCCCAAACCCACAAUGCAGGGCCGGGUUCUACUAUUCCUUGAUGCUCGAUUCCUUGCCCUGAUAAUUGAUUCUUCUAAAUAA